CUUGCUGUGUUCUUUUCGAGCUCUUGAAAGAGACGCUCAUCUUUUCAGGUUUGUCUUGUGAUUAGCCGGGAGGAAUCAAUCGGUAUGCACUGUUCGGUGUCUCGAUCAUUUUGGGGAAUAACGAGCGCAGAGCUUGACGUGCGGCCAUGCUUUAUACUUGGACCGCAGCCUUGCAGGCGCUCCUUUCUUGCAUCUGCUCCUCACAGGCUACUGGUGCCCGCCGUGGCGCGGUCAAUAUGCGGUCAUUACUCGUAUAUGAAAGGCUGCCGCCGCACCGCGCCAUACCGUACGUCGUACUGAACAAAAGAGCAUACACGGCCGUAGCGGACCGUUUCCUGCUUCUCUUGCCCGCGACUUGCAUGGGCGAUGCGAUUCGCUGCUCAAGGUUCCGUCUCCUGGCGCCCUCCUCGCAUACCUCUGCAGAAUAGUGUGCUGUGCGUUUAUGCCGGCACGGGCCUUUUCUCACGUCCCGCAGGGUGCCCAGCUGCCCGCGGUCAUUUUGAGGCAAUUUCAUGAAUGUGGCCGGUUGUCUGAUCUGUG